AGGUAAUACCGGAGGCAAGCGGCGGCGAGGAGCAGCGCGUUGUCCGCACACCGUUUGAAGGAGUGGACGACUUUUUUAUACCCCCCACAAAUCUCAUUAUUAAUCACAUCAGGUUUGGCUUCCUCUUUCCCAAAUCGAAAUCCACGAUUCACAAGAUCGACCUGGAAACCGUGACCCACCUCAAGACCCUGGACCUGGGCGGCUCCGGCUGCGUGCCGCGGGCCAUGGCUUACACCCACCUGGGGGGCUACUUCUUCGUGCAGUGCCACCGGCGCACGUCYGCGCUGGCCCAGCUCGUCAUCGACAGCGUCACCGACGCCGUCAUCGGCCCCAACGGCCACGUCUCGGGCACACCUCAUAUCUCACCGGACGGCCGCUAUUUGGUCAGCGCCGAUGAAGACAGCGGUAGGAUCACAGUUCAGACUAUAACUGUCCGAGGGGAAAUCAAGUUGAUUUACGACUUACAAACAAACGUACGCGUAUCUGAUCUGACAUUUCAACCCUCCUUCACCGAAGGCAAUCAGUACUAUAUAUAUGCUACUUCACAUUUGCAAACAGAUGUGCUUUUUGUAGAGCUGUCAACAGGCAAAAUGAACGUACUGAAGAAUUUAAAGGACCCUAUCACAUCCAAAGACUGGCCCUGGAGCAGCUACAACAGAAUUGUGAAGGACAGUGGGUUGUUUGGACAGUAUCUCAUUACACCAGCUAAAGAGUCACUGUUUGUUAUUAAUGGGAGACAAAACACGUUACGCUGUGAGGUUUCAGGUAUAAGGAGGGGUAACACAGUGAUCUGGGUUGGAGAAGUAUGAAGGGGCAGAAGGAGUAGCACCUGCAGCAGGCAAGUACCGGUUGGACCUUUACACUGCAACAAAUGAGCAGUAGCAUUGUAUAUUUUUACACUGGGGGAAAAAAAAAGAAAAAACAAAAAAAUCCUGUAUAGGCUUCAUGGUACAACACUGGUCUACUUGCAAGUUUUACAAUACAAGGUACGCUCUGCUGAUAGGAAGUGGUUUUUGAAGGGAUAUUUCUUAUUUGGGGGUGUUCUGAUUUGCGGUGAUGAGAAAAAUGCGGGGAAGCAAAUGAUAUCUCCACUGAGAUAUUGUAUAAGCCACGAAACCUAGCGAUUCUGUAGAACAAAACAGCUUUUGAGUUUCUGUCUCGAUGAGUUCUCAUGUUACGUUCAAGCCAUUGGUUUUCUUUCCCUAUUGCCGGGUUCCAGAUGCAGGGAGACCAUGGAAGCAAAGACUGCAGCGAAACCCCCCGUUGGGGGGAACGAAGCAUCCUGGAGAGCAGUUUGCAAGUCACGGAAAUGUGAUAGGGAGGUUUAAUGGRAAGUUUCCUCUGCGGGCUGGCUGUGGCGGGAUCCCCAGGGGUGAUCUGGGAAGCAGGCGUAGCUGUCUGCUCGCUUUCUUCUGCUCUUCAUUUUGCUCCUGAUGCUACUGAAAGCAAAGCGAGGAGAGCCCCACCUCUCCUCCUGCCUAUUUGUAGGGUUGUAAUUGGGAAACUGGGCUUGAGUUAGGGACGUUAGGGUGCAUUAAAGCUGAGAAACACUGUGAGGGCCAAAGCUUUUAAGAAGUUUAAUUGAAAAGUGAGUGGGGCAUUAGUCUUUGAGCAGCUUGUGGCCGGCUUGGGCACAGCCUGCGGGACCUGCCCUUCGGCAGGCUGUGGAUGUGCCCCGUGGAGGCAGCAGCACUUCUACAAAUUGUUAGUUCCUCUCCUUAAAUAUUUACUAGCACUGAAGCCACCUGGUCCUUCAGAAAUAAUGGCUCCAACUACAGGAGUAGAGUUUUACUAGAAAACUUGCACACGUUGUCUAGUCACAGCCUUAAUUUGCCUGUUUCUUUUCAGACAUUCUGGGAAAMCAUUUCUCUUUGUAUUCUUUUUUCUUCUCAUUUAGAGUACACAUGCUUAUAGUCAAUUAUCUUUUAGCUGCGAGCAAAGAGAUUCAUGUAAAACCAGCUAAACCACCUGUGAAUGCAACAGCUGGCCUGGAAACUCCGGCUGAUUUUCCCAUAAAAAUGCAGAUCCAUUUUGGCACAUCUUUUGAAAAGCUGUAAAAACAUUUCCAGUUCUGUUUCACAGCUCUGUGUCGUCCUCACGGUGGAGGAAUGAGGGCAAGAGGGUGGAUUUUCCACGUUGUCUCUGAGCGCCCCUUGCCCACACUCUGCUUUGAGGAUGCAGCCACCCUCAUGGUGGUCUCUAUGGAAAGGUCUCCCUGAAGGCAGCGCCUGCUGCAUUGGCCUUUGCACAACCGCAGCUGGUUUUGGGUCUGACCUCGUGGUCCACAGUUGGUGGGAAAGCAGCUCCUGGACCUCCCCGGGGUCCUUGUGGUGCCAUUUGUGCUCUGUGACACCGUGCUUGGAUGUGUCCCUUUUCUCUACACGCAGAAGGCUUGCGAAGGAGAAGGAUGCAGCCUAGCACUGCUCAUCCUUCUUUAAAGGGUGAACUUCUACCAAGGAGGUAGGGCUUUAGGACAGCUGUAGACCUGGAGCGGGUUCCACCAUCUCAGUUCUAUAAAGAAUAUAUGGAAAUCUGCUCAGACAGACAAAGAGGAGAUGAAUCCUAUGAAUUCAUUGAACCUGGAAUCCUUUACCUGGUCCAUACGCACCCACAGGCUGAGCCCUACGUAUGUUUUUCUCUUAAGAGCCAUAGGGGUUAGGAGAGACUAUCCCAUCAUUGAAACACAGACCCAUAGAGCUUGGCACAGCCUUCCUGUAGCGAUGCAUGAUGUCCAUGAUUUUGUACUCAUCCCGUUAGGCAACAUCCACGUGUCAAGGAAAGGAGGAGACCAGCUUUGUAAGUACCUUUAAAUAUGCACAACUCCUUUCUGGAACAAAGUUGUAUCCAUCCAUUGCCAUUGUCCUAUAUGUGUUUUACUGAGGCCAAACACUGCGUUCGUGUUCUCUUUUAUGACUUCUUGAAUAUUUUAUUAUGCCUAUGGUAAGUUUCCCUGUAGAGAUGUUCAUUGUGUCAUAGAUCAAGCAAAUAUUACUUUUUUAAGACUAUUUAAAAAAAAUGUAAAUAUCUGUUCAGGUCAAUAUUCUUGAGGCUGGUUUAUAUAUAGACUGUGAACGAUGUGUAACAGACC